AGGGACCAGAGGGGAUGGAGGGACACAGGGACAGGGAGCAGAGGAGAUGGACGGACAGGAUGGAGGAACAUGGGGACAAGACGGGACGGAGGGGACACGGGCUGGAAGGGACACGGGGGGACACAGCCGGGGAUAGGGGGCAGCCGGGCCAGGGGUUCCCACCGGGUGACGCCGUGCCCCAGGAGGACUACUACGUCACCCCCGACCGGCUGUGGAUCCCCCUGCGCUGGGUGGCCCCGGAGCUGCUGGAGGAGACGCGCGGGACCCUCUCCGUGGUGGACCAGAGCAAGGAGAGCAACGUCUGGUCGCUGGGGGUGACGCUCUGGGAGCUGUUCGAGUUCGGCAGCCAGCCCUACCGGCACCUCUCCGACGAGGAGGUCCUGGCCUACGUGGUGCGGGAGCAGCAGAUGACGCUGGCCAAGCCCCGCCUCAAGCUGCCCCACUCCGACUAUUGGUGAGCCUCGCGCCGACUGUAGCCUCCCGGGUGUCCUCCUCCCGUCCCUCCGGCUGUAGGUGCCCAGCUGGGCUUUCACCAUCUCCCUCUCCAGCUGUAGUCUCCUAGUCGCCCUCACUCCAUUCCUCCAGCUGUUUUCCUGGCUCUCCCUUCACCAUCUCUCCCCUGCCAGGGGUAGUUUGUGCUGUCCUUAGUCUGUUCCUCCGGCUGUAGCCUUCCAGCCAUCCUUGCCUCAUCCCUCCAACUGUAGCCUCGCAGCUCUCCCUCCAUCCCUCUGGCUGUAGCCUCCUGGGCCAUCCCACCACCAUCUCUCCAGGUGUAGCCUCCCGGCCAUCCCUCCCAUCUCCAUCUCUCCAGCUGUAACCUCGCAGCUGUUCCUCCAUCUCUCCAGUUGUAGUCUCCUGCCUGUUCCUCCACCUCUCCAGCUGUAGCCUCCUGGCCAUCUCCCCAUCUCUCUGGCUGUAGCCUCCUGCCCAUUCCUCCACCUCUCCGGCUGUAGCCUCCUGGCCAUCCCUCCAUCUCUCUGGCUGUAGUCUUCCAGCCAUUCUCCCAUCUCUCUGGCUGUAGUCUCCCGGCUGUCCCUCCAUCUCUCUGGCUGUAGUCUCCCGG